AUGUUUCGUCGUCGUUGGUCCGGCCUGCCCUCGGACGCCUCAUUCCCUUCAACCCUUCGAGGGCUUGGAUACUUCAUCAAUGAUGAUGACGAAAUACGUUCUGUGGAGGACCCCGACUACUACUUCAAGUUCUUUAUCAAUCGAAACCCACGCAUCUGCGCCCGUCAACGCUUUGCCUUUAAUCAAGCCAUGGAGGAUGAGAUUCACGCCCGACUCGAGAGCCAAGGCCUUCAGAAAGUCCUGCUACCUCUGGGCGCCACGCCCGUCGACCGCCACGUGCCGAUCUUUACAACUACAGACCUGAAGACCGAAUCUCGCAUUGUCGUCAUCUUCGGGGACCCCUCCCAAGACCUAGGUGUCGUUGCGGGUCGCAUAGCCAACGGACCAGGUGGGAUCGAUCAGGGCAGCAUGGUCUCCGUCGGUCAAAAGCUGAAGGAGCAGGCUUCGUCAACUACCGACUCCUCCCCGCCAGGCAUCGUGAUUGCCAACCCUGGCCAGCUAUAUUGGUGGCCCGAGGGAAGCAGAUCUAUCACGAUCACGGCUAGUGACGCAGUUCCGCUACCUAGUCUCGUCCAUUACGGUCGUAUGCAUGUCACUGAGCUGAACAGCAUACCCGGUAGCGAAAGCCGGUUCAAGCAUGUCCGCUACGUCUGGGACGAAGUUCUGCGGACGAUGUCGGACGACUAUGCUAAGAUUAGCAUUAUUGCCAUCGGCGAGACGUGUGAAACCGUUAUGGAGUAUUUGAACGAUGCGAAGAACUGGGAUCGCUGGGCCGACAGAGUCAGCUCCAUGGUUCUCCUCGGCCAUGUCUACCCCAGUGAUGAUCUCACGAACGAGUCUUUCAAGAAAUUUCUUGCCGAGCGCACCCGAGCCUACAUCACGUCGGACCAGCCUGUCGAUACGGGACUCGCCACUCCCGAUGGUAACCCAAACGAAUGCAUUCCGAGUCUCGGUUGUCCAUGCUAUUCAUCCUCGGAGCCUUGCUACUCUGAGCUCAUCCUUAUCCGCGCGCUGCCGUCGAUACUCGGCUACAUAGAGCUUGUCGCCCAGUCGCCAGACUAUAAAAACCCCGCCGUGGAUGUGAUUGAGCGUCCGCAGGAAGAGAAGAUCGAAGUAGAAGAUGACUGGGGAAAAAUACCGGAGGAGGAGAAGCCGUCAAUUUCGGUGGCGGACCAGGAGCAGAUUCUCCAACAGGUGAAGGAUCUUGAAAUGGAGGACGAGCGUGACGGGGCAUCUCCCAUUCCUUAAGUCUGAGUUGGGGCAUAUGCGCGUAUCAUGGCUUGGUGCGGGGCUCUGUCUUAUAUACGCAGAUCAGUGAGAAUCGAAAAAUGAGGUGACAGACACGUCAAGGUCGAAUGAUUUGAUAAAGC